ACGGAGGGACACUACAAUUGGCGCGCAGUAAGCGGGAGUUGGUGAGGAGUGAAAGGAGUGGGCUGGGCCGGAUCGGAUCGGACCGGGCUGGAAUUCAGUGUAGCAGAGCGGGAAUCGGGUCAGACCCAGACCUGAGCCCCCUGCAGGAUAGGCCGGGACGUGGUAGAGUGCAGCGGCCUAGCUUGGUGGGCUGACGCAGGGCCGUGUGAUGGCGGGGAACUGGCGGAAGGAAUGCCUGUGGAAGGCGCUGCUGGCCCUCGGCUUCACGCCGACCGACGAUGAGCAGCGGACGGCGAACCGCACUGUAUUUGGCGUGGAUAUGUUUGACAAGCCAAAUGUGGAAGCAUUCCAAAUUGUUGUGUACUAUUUGUUCAUGCAAUUGGACCAAACUCGUGUCAAUAUUGUCUUCAGGGAUUGUUGGCCUAUUUAUGAUAAGAAAAGUGCUGCAUGCUUCAGAAAAGCCUGCUAUGAAUGGAUGAAGAAGAUUGCUGAUGAAGUUGGAAAUGGUUUUCCUCAGGUUGUGGCUUCUUUAUUUCUUUCUCCUGGAGGUCCUAAAUUUAUAAAUCUUAUGUUUGCAUUUGCCAAAUAUGUACUCACGCACAAGCUAAAUGAAGAACUUGAAAAGAGCAGCUGGCGCAACAAGGUAGUGAGGGGAAGAUCACAAGACCUUCAUUUAGCAGCGAUGAGAUGUUGUAUUUCACGUAACCAGUUUUUAGAAGGAAUUCAGAAAGAAGCUUUUGUCAUUGAGGAAUAUAAAAGAAGGGAAGCAUUAUUGGUUAAUGAAUAUCAUGCCUUGAAGAAAGAGCAUAAAGGAAUGAAGGAUCUACUAGAAAAAGCUGCCAAUGACUGCACAGAAGAACCUUUUCAAAAAUUGAAAGAGCUGCGUGAGAUGUGGAAAACAGUCAUGGACAUGCUGUUGGAGUUGGAAAAAGAAAAGGAAAUUAUUGACUCCAUAAUGGAGGGUCGUGUAGACUUGGACAUUCUUGAUGGAACAGAUGUUACGUUAAAAGUUCCAAGACCGUUAGUAACUAAGAUCGAGAAAGAAGCAGAUCAAAUUGAUGAUCUGUACAAAGCUGGUAAACUGAAUCCUGCAGCAAUAAACCAGCUGUGCAAUUGGUCUCUCAAACUUCUUGGUGACCAGCGCGACCAAGUAGGCUCGGCAGAAUUGGAACAUUGUCUUUCCUUGGAAAACUUAGCAGAAUUUCUGAAAAAUGAACUAAUUGAAUUGAAGGAAAAAAGCCAGCAGAUAACACAGGAAAUUUUUCCCUCUGUGAAACAAUCAAUAGCCAAAAUGGAAGGUGCAUGGGACAAAAAAUGUGAGCAGUGUUUGAAUCGAACAGGUUUUUCCCCUAUGAGGAAAAAAUAUCCUGUCCUUGAUCUUCUUCCAACCAUGCCAACUUUAUCUUUUGAGCCUGCUUCAGAAGAAGCUUAUAAAAGCAGUGUUUUUUAUUCACACUCUGCAACACUUUCAGGGCUUGAUGAACCAUGCACCAAAGGUUCUGAAGGAGAUGACGCUGAUAUUGUGAGCAUUACAAGCAACUUCAAUGAUCCAAGCACAUCAAAACUUCAGUGUUCAGAAUAUUUUACCCCUUCUAUCAGAAAUCCAAAUGGGCAAACAAGUUCUUCAUGCUUUGGAGAAGAAUCAAUUGAAAUACCAUUGGUAACUGGCCAGCCUCUUGAAAGUAGAUUGCAGACUCCAUACGUGAAUAAAAUGGAAACAUGGCAUAAGGACAAAGAUCAAAGUCCACCAAUUUUGAAUAAACCUAAGAGUUCUUCUAAAGGAAAAGAAGCACAUCAAAAGACUGUUGACCAGUUGGCAGAAGAGGUAGCAGAUAUAAUAACAAGAGUAUUCCAAAAGCAAGAUCUGGUUCAGGAAGGCAUUUUCUCACCAGCUAGCAAUCCCUUCAUUACACAAAAUGAGCUACCAAGAACACCUGAAAACUUGAUUACAGAUAUUAGAAACAGCUGGCGAUGUGCGGUUAAGGAAUCUGAGCUUGAGCAAAUGAAACGCCAGGAGUCUGUAUUGACACAUCCAAAGCAAACAGACCAUGCAAAUGAACAAGUCCUGAUGAAACCUGAAGAAUCUUCACCUGCAGUGUAUAUGAAAGUGUCUGGAUCUUUUCAUGAGAAUACUUCCUCAGAUGCUAUUGCACUUCACCGUACUGAAAUUGAUAAAAUGAGAAGCUGGAGUAAGACUCCAUGCAGUCCUGAUCCAGAGUCAGCUAGUUCUAACCAUCUUUCCAUCAGAAAUGAAAAGUGGAGCAACUGGGUUCAGUCGGGUACGACAAAAUGCCAGCUUGAUUGCAGGGAACCAGGAAUGGACUGUUCAGAGGUGGGAUCUGAAAAUGAGUGGCAUUACUUCAACAGUAAAGCUGCAAGUAAUGAUCCAGAUGGUGUGUUGAUAGGUAAAAUUCUCUCUCCACUUUCUGGUUCCCACGAUUCCUGUUCUAGUGAAGAUGGUACCAAAAAAACUUCCGGAAGUCUCAUAAACAGUGUAACAGAUGAUGAGAUUAAUUUUGGUCACUCUCAACAAUUUUUGCCCCUUAAGAGAGUGAGUCCCAAAUCGCCAAUUAAAAAGGAGAAAUUGACUAAAAGUUUCAUUAUGGAAAUGUGCAAAACCGGUGACACUUUGGAGAACUCAAAAUCCUAUAAUUCUCUUGAUACAGAAUGUGACUUGGAUAGUACGUUACCUUGGAAUCAAUCACAGAAUGUGACCACUACUCCAUGUGACUCAUUGAAGUUUGGAAUUUUGCAGGAGACGAUUCCUGAUGUCCUUGGCAAUGACAGUUUGAACAGCUCUAUGAGUCCCAAUGUUGAUCAGCUUGAUGACCCUCACUUGGACAUGACAUAUUUGCGGAAUAGACUGGAACAAUUGCGUGAGAGGAGUUUGGCUGCUAUCACAUAUGGUGCAAAAGAAAAGAUAAACUUAGCUGAAAAUGUGGGAACUUCUCAUUUCCACAAUAACACUGAUAGUAAAGAUCAAUGCAAGCCUGAACUUCCUUGCGAAGUAGACUACACGAAUGAGGAAGUUGACAACGCUGACAAAUUGUUUACUCAGGAAUCAACAUCUUUGAAAGCGCUCUCACCAAUUUCUUUUGAAUCACAAAAACCUGGCUUAUCUCCUAUUUCUUUGGGUAGCUCUCCAUUGAAUGUUCUGGAACUUCAAGAUGACCUUUUUGGCACUUCUCUGCUCAAUCCUUCUCAGGAUGAAGCAUCUCAAAGGGUAUGUCUUGCCCAAUCCGAAAUCUCCUCUGUCAGCGUUGAUACUCCCUUGGAUAAUGGAGUGGGACAAUUAAUAACAUUUUAAUAAGGACUGACUGCUCAAAUCCAGGCCAGAAGACUGUUGACCUUUGUACUAAAAGUUUACAAUUAAAUAAAGCAUUUGCAAUUGAAG